AUGGCGGCUCUCACGGACCUCUCCUUUAUGUAUCGCUGGUUCAAGAACUGCAACCUUGUCCGCAACCUCUCAGACAAGUAUGUCUUCAUCACAGGCUGUGACUCGGGCUUCGGGAACCAACUGGCCAAGCAGUUGGUUGAUCGAGGCAUGCGGGUGCUGGCUGCAUGUCUCACUGAGGAGGGGGCCCAGAAGCUUCGACAAGACACCUCCUACCGGCUGCAGACCAUCCUCUUGGAUGUCACCAAGAGUGAGAGUGUUCAGGAGGCGGCCCAGUGGGUGAGGGACCAAGUGGGCGAGCAAGGCCUCUGGGCCCUGGUGAACAAUGCUGGUGUGGGCCUGCCCAGUGGCCCCAAUGAAUGGCUGACCAAAAAGGACUUUGUGAAGGUGAUCAAUGUGAACCUGGUGGGACUGAUUGACGUGACCCUCCACAUGCUGCCCAUGGUCAAGAAGGCCCGGGGCAGGGUUGUCAACAUGUCCAGCUCUGGUGGUCGUAUAGCUGUCAUUGGCGGUGGCUACUGUGUCUCCAAGUUUGGUGUUGAGGCCUUCUCUGACAGCAUCAGGCGUGAGCUCUACUACUUUGGGGUGAAAGUCAGCAUCAUUGAGCCGGGGAACUAUCGGACAUCCAUUCUGGGCCAGCAAAACAUGAAGCUGCACUUGCAGAAGCUGUGGGACCGACUGCCUCAGGAAACCCGGGAUAGCUACGGAGAGGAGUACUUCCAAAUCUAUUCUGACAAUCUAUCAAACAUGAUGAUGAUGGCAGAGCCAAGAAUCAGAGAUGUCGUCAACAGCAUGGAACACGCCAUCGUUUCCCGGAGCCCCCGCAUCCGCUACAACCCUGGCCUGGAUGCCAAGCUCCUCUACCUCCCCUUGGCUAAGCUGCCCACCCCUGUGACAGAUUUCAUCCUGAGCCGGUACCUUCCAAAGCCAGCAGACAGUGUCUGA